AUGUUCGGCUUCAAGUUUGGCAAGCAAAGUUUACCCUAUAUGGAGAAAGACAAGACAGUCUAUGCUCCUCUCCAAGAUGGGCGCUCCUCAAGUAGCGACGAGGGUGACCGUGACGAGAAGCCGAUGUCCUACACCGCACCAGCAGGCAGAUCUCCACGUUUUUGGAAGCUCUCUGUUAUUGCUUUACUUCUUGUCACAAAUAUCACAACAUUUGUCGGAUUGUUUGCAGUCAAACACCUUACCAAAAGGGUGAACUCCCAUGCUGCCCUGGACUUGGACUACGCUCCAAAUUCUUGGGCUCGCAUAGAUGAACUUCCCACCCAGUACAAUAGAUUAAACUGGUGGACUGAGUAUAGCGACAAGAACUUCACGGAAGGUGAUAUGCUCUGGGAUAACAUGAAUACUGCUCAUGGCUUCAUUGCCAUGGACCGAACCUGGGCAAAAGAGCGACAUUGGCCAGACAGCAUGCACUUUCCAAGUGACAACAGUAAGAAUGUCUAUCUCCUGGAAGCAUAUCAUCUCCUUCACUGCGUGGGUGUUAUUCGAAAGACGUUUUGGGAAGCCGUCAAUCGUGCAGACCACUACACUUUCAAUCCCCCACAUUCUGGCCAUUGCCUCGAUAUGCUUCGUCAAUACAUCGUUUGCAAAGCAGAUACCACGCCUCUGUACGUCUUUGGAGACGAUACAGCAGGUGACGAACAGUAUCGCAAGUGCAAUAGUUGGGAUGCGCUGAGACAGUUUGCAACUGACAAUACGGCUUGCUAUCGAGAUACUCCCAAGGGUGUUGAUCAAUCUACGUUUCCCUUUGGAGAUCACUUUGGCUACUGCGAUGGUGGAUAUGAUGGGGUGAAGCAGGGUGAGAGAAGAGGUCCUUGGAAGCAUGGUGCUGUUUGGGAUGGACCACCGUAA